AUGGCUGAAACAGAAGAUGAGGAGACGCAGGUGAUGACAAGUAAAAAGGCUGAUAUCAUAUUUCGCCGUCCAAGAUCAAACCGGAUUAAAGAGUCUAAAAAAAUGGAAGGAUCAAAGUCAAGUAAGAAUGCUGAGGAUAUUGAAACUAUGACAUUAGCAGAAAUCCAAAUGCUAACAAAGAAGAAAAAGAAGUUGAAGUUGAAGGAAACAGAGAAGAAGUCAAAUGCUUCUAGACCCAAAAGGCCAAAAAUUGGAAAUCCUGAAAUAAAGAGGAAUGGUAAGUUUUCAAAUGAUAACGAUUUGAAUAUAAUAGCUGUAGAGGAUUCGGACUUUUAUGAUUUCGAUAGAGAUAGAGAAGAAAGAAGCUUUAAGAAAGGACAGGUAUGGGCUCUUUAUGAUGACGACGACGGAAUGCCAAGACUGUAUGGUUUGAUUGCCGAAAUUGCUUCUGUAAAGCCAUUUGAAGUGAAGAUCAAUUGGUUAGACCUUCAUACUUAUAAUAAUAAUAAUGGGGAUGAGUCAUUGAUAUCAUGGGAGAAGACGAUGGGAGUUCAUAUUUCUUGUGGGAGGUUUAAACUUGGCAAGAGUGACUCUCUUUAUUCAUUGAACAUAUUUUCUCAUAUAGUCAAUGCUGAAAGGGCUGCAAGAGAAGUGUAUUGGAUAUACCCAGAGAAGGGUUCUAUUUGGGCUUUGUAUAAUAGCAAAGACAGUGUAGGAAAUGGUAAUAAACGAUGCUAUGAGAUCAUUGUGUUUUUAACUAGUUACAGUGAGAUAUAUGGAUUAAGCUUUGGUUACCUAGAGAAGGUUGAUGGAUUCAAAACCCUGUUUAAGAGGAAGGAGAUUGGUUGUAAUGCAAUCAAAUGGGUUGAGAAAGGCGACUUUCAGUUGUUUUCACAUGAAAUCCCUGCGAGAAAGCUGGCUGAGAGUGACAGCAAGGUCCCAAAAGACUGUUGGGAACUUGAUCCAGCCUCUCUUCCUCCAGAGUUCCUUUCACUCUCCUCUUACUACAAACGGAAAAAAGUGAAUCAAGACAGUCCAAUGAUCGCGGCGUGGAGUUGUGCUCAGGAUCAGGACGAAGAGAUUGAAUCAAUGAUAAUCGAAGAAUGCGAUAGGGGAUACUUGGCUAUGGUUCGAUCAUGA